UUGAUCCUUUUUAGACGAACAUCAGAGACGAAGACGGAGGUCGCCACCUCACCCACAUGCUUCGCAGAGGAGAAGCAAAAAACUCACGAAGAUACGAAGACCUUAAAUGAUGCCGUUUCGGCUCUUGCUGAUCGACUGUGUCCCGUUUUGGAGGCAGUAAAGGCGCACAAAUUGGCCGGUCCCUUUUUACGUCCUGUGACCGCUGCUGAGGCUCCAGGCUACUUCAGUCUCAUUGUAUUCCCUAUGGACUUACGUACCAUGUCGGAGCGUCUGAAGAACCGCUACUACGUGCAAAAGGAACUCUUUAUUGCCGACAUGCGUCGCAUUCUUUUAAAAUUCUCAAUGUUCGCCCAGCGUGCCCAAGAAAUACAGAAAAUCGGUUUUGCUGCAGUCGUUUUGCUGGUUGAGAACAACAACAACUGA